GGGGCCGGGACGGCGGGGCGCGUGCGGCACCGUCGUUGCCGACCCGGCGGUCGGUCAGCGGGGUCUCGCCGGGAUCUCGCUCCUUCGCCCACAGCGAGGGGCGCAGCCGCGCUUCCCCGCAGCGGCUCCCGGCGCCCCGGGCACUACUAUCAUGGACAGGACCGCCGUGGCCAAGAUGGGAGCGGUGGCGAGCGCCAGCGUGUGCGCGCUGGUGGGCGGGGUGGUGCUGGCGCAGUACAUCUUCACCAUGAAGAAGAAGACGGCCUGCAUGCAAGCCCUGCAUCUCUGGACUCUGCUUGCCACCUAUGCUGUUGCAGUAGGACAAAAUCAAGGACAGAAGAAUCAGGAGUGCCCUAAGCUCAACGCACAGAUGCCAGAAUUUCAGAAGAAGACUGUCCAUAUUAAGGAUCCAGCAAGAGUAGAGGAGAUUAUUUGUGGCCUCAUCAAAGGUGGAGCUGCCAAACUUCAGAUUAUUACAGAUUUUGAUAUGACAUUAAGUAGAUUUUCCUACAAUGGAAAAAGAUGUCCAACUUGUCAUAACAUCAUUGAUAACUCUAAAAUCAUCACAGAUGAAUGUCGGAAAAAGUUAUUUCAGCUGAAAGAAACUUACUAUGCCAUUGAAAUUGAUCCGGCUCUCACCAUUGAAGAGAAAUACCCAUAUAUGGUGGAAUGGUACCAUAAAUCCCACGCACUACUCAUUGAACAAGGCUUACAGAAGGACAAGUUUGCAGAAAUUGUAAGGGAAUCUGAUGUUAUGCUGAAAGAAGGGUAUGAGAACUUCUUUGAUAAGCUCAGUGAACAUAAUAUUCCUGUGUUCAUAUUUUCUGCUGGGAUUGGUGACAUUCUUGAGGAAGUAAUCCACCAGGCUGGGGUCUACCAUUCUAAUGUCAAAGUGGUUUCCAAUUUCAUGGACUUUGAUGAAAACGGAAUAUUAAAAGGAUUUAAAGGAGAAUUGAUUCAUGUUUACAACAAACAUGAUGGUGCCUUGAAGAACACAGAGUACUUCAAACAGCUAAAAGACAACAGCAAUAUCAUACUGCUGGGUGAUUCUCAAGGAGACUUGAGUAUGGCAGAUGGAGUAGCAAAUGUUGAGCACAUUCUUAAGAUUGGCUAUCUCAAUGAUAAAGUAGAUGAGCUUUUGGAAAAAUACAUGGACUCUUAUGAUAUUGUCUUGGUGAAAGAUGAAUCCCUGGAAGUUGCCAACUCCAUUCUACAGAAAAUCCUGUAAAUUGCAGUCUCAAGUCACUCCAUUCCUUCCAGGAGGCAACUGGACAGAAGAGCACACAUGUGCUAUCUUAGAUGUGUUUAUUAUUCAUUUACGGAACUAUUUGAUUUAAUUUAAAACUUUUAUCUUCAUUUUGGUAUUAUGAAAUAUAUAUUGUAUCAAUUAUCAACAACAAGCUCCUCUUACUGCUCUUACACUGUUCUUUAUUGUCUCACACUCCUGUUAUAACAAGAUCUAAAUUGGAUUUAUAGACGUGAUAAACUGCUGCUGAUGGGAUACUGUGGUUCGCUGUCCUUUUUAAUCAGGCAUUUCAGAGCAGCAUUUAGAAAACGUGGCUAUUUUGUAAAAUUGAAGGUGUAAAUGCUCUGUAAGGAGAGUGUGCAUUUGUUGCCUUUGCAAAGACAUUUCGGUCUCAGCUGUACUUUGAAGAAUCUUAACUCAUAUGCUACAUAAUUUCACACAAAAGUUUUUCAUACAUACAUUUUUCAUCAGUAAAAAUGCUUUUAUUCACCCAAUUCAGGCAAAGUGUUUCUUCUUCAUAUUUUUGCAUCAUCAUCGCACAACAUUCUCUAUUCUUACUGUUUCUUUAUCCUCUGUAAAAUGGGAAGAAUGUUUUAAGUUAGUGUGUCUGAGAUAAAUUUUCUCAUCUUUGUAACAACAGAUGGUUUCACAAGCUGAUAGUCCACAGCCUGCCUGCAAUGAGCAGGGGCAUCCUGAGCUAGACCAGGCUGCUCAGAGCCCUAUCCAACCUGACCUUGGAUGUUUCCAGGGACAGGGCAUCUACCACCUUUCUGGGCAACCUGUGCCAGUUUCACCACCCUUAACACAAAAAAAAAAAAUCUUCUGAAAGUUUUUCCUCUGUACUGAGCACAUUACAGCACCUCUCAGCAUCGUGUACAGAGUACAGCUUAAAACAGCCGCAAUUUCAGAAGCUUGCUGCAGGAUGAGUUAAAGAUGAUGUUGUGACCCUGCUCCUGUGAGGUCUGGGCUGCACUAAAUCUAUUCAUUAAUAAAAGAGGGCAAAUCAUACAACUCCCCUAAUGUGCAAUAUAAUCAUUGUUCCCCUUUGCUUUCUUUUAUACAGAACAGAAACUGUGCCAUCUUCCGUUCCUGAGGAAUUGUAAUGAAAAUGUGGGAGAGUUUAGAUCUGCAUUCUCUUCCACCAGAAUUACAACACAUCUCAAGACAUGGCCUCUUUCCUUACAGCCUGUGGUCUGUUAUUAAAAUUCAGACUUGGUAUUACCAGACACAUUUUUUUCCAAAUCAGCAGCUCUACAUCUGUUACCACCGCUGCCAGAACUUUUCCAAGAAGGGAAGAGAGAGGAUCGUUUCCAUACCCCAUCCUCUGCAGUAAAAUGAAAUUAUUCAUCCCUGUAUUUUGAAUGCAGGGCAGAGGCUCAAUGCAAAAUCUGAGGUAGUGUGAUCAUCCUUUCACAAAUCUCACGGCACAAUGCUGUGCCAUCAGGGAACUGCUGAGCACAGGGACCUUUUAGAAAUUCCAUCCUGCAUCUGAACAGGCAGUGUUUGAGGGAUGAUGUCCUUGUACAAAACCUACAGUCAUGCAAUUCCCUAGGCCUGACACAGGGGCAGCCACAAGGCCAGAGGUGGGACCCUUGAGAAGAAACCAGUAGGACAGUCAAGAUGAGGACCUUGAGGAUAGUGCCUUGGCUGCCUGCCAUUCCAGAGGCAUGACUCAGGCAGCAGCAGCAAACUGGAAGAGCUGAAGGCACCCUGGCAGUGCCAGGGACAGGAGGAGAUGGGAGCAACAGCUGCAAAGAGCCUGUCAGCCAAAGCCAAAAGAUGGGGAGAGCUUGAUGGCAGCAGUGCCAGCUGCUGAGGCAGCAGUCACAGGGACUGGGUGUGAAGUUUGGCCCAGUCCCUGUGGCCUCUCCCUGUCAGCUCCAUUUUCCCGGGGCGGGAAGAAGGGCAGGAUGGUCAUGGCAAAACAGAGAGAGGGAGCAGCCUCCCUACAGCCUCCCCUGUGCCUGCACUGCAGCUUCAGCACCAUGGGCAGGACAAGCAGGGCUUGUGGGACUCCUCACAGGCAUCAGCAUGAGCUGCCCACCCAGUGAUGUGGUCUGCACCACCCAGGCACAGCAAGGAUUUGGGGAAUGCUGCAGCAUUUCCAGGGGAUCUCU